AUGUCUACUCAAUCUACACAAUCGCAGGCCUGCUGCAACACACCUGCUGUUGUUAGCAAGGGAUAUUCGCCAAAGGGGGACUACAUUGAAGUUGAUGGCCUAAAGACGUACGUCACUGGGCCCAAGGACGCAAAGCAGGGUAUCCUCGUCGUCUACGACAUCUUCGGCUUCUUCAACCAGACUCUUCAAGGUGCCGACAUACUCGCCUACACCGACAAGGAGCAUCCUUACCAAGUCUUCAUCCCUGACUUCUUUGAGGGCAAGCCGGCUGACAUCUCUUGGUACCCACCGGACAAGGAGGAGAAGGGCCAGAAACUAGGAGAGUUCUUCAAUACGCUAGCAGCUCCGCCAAAGACGCUACCGCGGAUCCCAAAGAUUGUAGAAGAGCUGGGAAAGAGCAAGGGCAUUGAAAAGUGGGCGAUUCUUGGGUACUGCUGGGGCGGAAAGAUUGUCAACCUCUCGUCCCAAGAGGGCACCAAGUUCAAGGUUGCAGCCGCUUGCCACCCAGCCAUGAUUGCCAAAGACGAUGCACCAGGUGUCACCAUUCCCUACAUCAUGCUCCCUUCAGGGGAAGAGAGCAAAGAUGAGGUGGAGCAGUGGGAGAAGGGCCUCAAGGUCCCUCAUGUUAUUGAAUGGUUCCCAGACCAGGUGCACGGAUUCAUGGCUGCGCGCGGCGAUCUCGAGCAGGAAAAGGUGAAGAAGGAGUACGAGAGGGGCUAUAAGCUAGUCUUGGACUUUUUCCACAAACACAUGUGA